CGCGCCGAGCGAGCGUCGUCCGCCGCCGUCUCCGCCGCUCAGUUGUUUGCUGGAGACAGUCAGGGAGUGUCGGCAGUGCGGUUCUUUGUUGUGUUUGUUGUGAUUUCCUGGGCUUUCUCACUCGGACACUCACGUCGACUAGCAAAGGAAGGCUAAUGCCUGAUGAGUUCUAACAUCGUGGAGUGAAACGCGCUGAUGAAACUCAAGGUCAUGGAGCGAGCGCGCUGGCCUGGCCAUCGUGGUCCUGGCCGUGGCGGUCCUCAGCACGUCAGCGGCGUACAGCGUGGACACCCUGCCGGGCAACACCCCGGGGGACCUGCCCGGCGACCUCCCUGGCGACCUGCUCGUCAACUCGAUCGUCAACCCGCCGGACGCGGGCAUGGAGGCGCCGGACGACGCCGAGGACGAGCCGUCAGGGAUCGAUAUCAUGGUGGGCGGGCCCGGCCUCGGCCCCGGCCCCGGCGCCGUGGAGUCCGUGACGCUGUGCCAGGACUGCUGGAAGGUGCCCGCCAACAACGACCGCCUGGAGCAGCUGGAGCAGCCCGGCUACAACCUGCUGCCCGGGCAGCACGGCCGCCUGCCCUUCGUCACGACCAGAGGCGUCACCACCGAGACCCCUACGACGCUGCGGGCGCCGUCCGACGCCCCGGAGUUUGAGCGGCCCAUCGUGAACCUGACCGUGCCCGUGGGCAGGGAGGCCGUGCUGUCCUGCACCGUGGACCGCCUCGGCAAGUACAAGGUGGGCUGGCUCAAGGCGUCGGACCAGACGGUGCUCACCAUGCACACGCGUGUCGUGACGCACAACUCGCGCGUGUCCGUGUCGCACGACAACCAGCGCACGUGGCAGCUGCACAUCCGGCAGGUCAAGGAGAGCGACCGCGGCUGCUACAUGUGCCAGAUCAACACGUUCGUCAUGAAGAGCCAGCAGGGCUGCAUCGACGUGCACGUGCCGCCAGACAUCAUCUCGGACGACUCGUCGGCGGACCUGCACGUCCAGGAGGGCGACAACGCGACGCUGCACUGCAAGGCCACCGGCCACCCGACGCCCAGGGUCACCUGGCGGCGCGACGGCGGCGAGCCCAUCCUGCUGCGGCGCGGCACCAAGGAGCUGUUCACCGUGCCCAGCGUCAACUCGACCAGCCUCACCUUUUGGAAGACGGACCGCCAGAUGAUGGGCGCCUUUCUCUGCAUCGCCUCCAACGACGUGCCGCCCGCCGUCAGCCGGCGCGUGCAGCUCAACAUCAACUUCGCGCCGCACAUCGAGGUGCCCAACCAGCUGCUGGGCGCGCCCAUCGGCACCGACGUCAAGCUGGAGUGCAGCGUGGAGGCCUUCCCCAACACCAUCAACUUCUGGCUCAAGAACGGCUUGGAGAUGCUGCUGGACGGCCCCAAGAACUCCAUCAGCGAGCACCGCAAGAACUACAAGGUGUUCAUGUCGCUGCUGAUCCGCUCGUUCCGCGAGGACGACAUCGGCAAGUACAGCUGCGUGUCCACCAACUCCCUGGGCCGCGCCGAGAGCACCAUCCGGCUCUACGUCAUCAAGCCGGCCGGAGACAGCCCGCUGUCGAACCGCGUCGUGAACGCCGGAGGACUCGAGUCCCGGGGGGACCCUUCCAGGUCAUCGGCGCGAAGACCCCGGCCCCUCUGGCCCUGGAGCUGGCUGGUGGGGGGCGCGGCGCUGGCGGCCUUCGGCCAGGGUCUCGGCCUCUGGCGGUGACCGUAGGCGAGCCUGAAGCCGAAGAGCAGUGCAGUGAAGUGAUCGACUACGCACAGUGACUCUAGCGAGCCAAGGAGCAGAGACAAACUUGGGUCAUGUAUAUCUGUGAUUGCAGCAGUGUGUAAAUAUGGUGUACAUAGUGAACAUAGUGAGGACUUCCCUUGCGAGGAUGCAGAUUUUCUCCCUCUUCCCGCCGUGUCAGUGUAAAGAGAUGGUGAACUUCUUUUGUGCCAUUGCAUGUAAUUAUUGUUCUAUUUGCGGGUCUGGAAGGGAUAUAUUUUAUUACCUUGUCAAAUCGCUGUAUUCUUCUGUAAAAUCUUGUACUUUGUGCCUGCAAAGAAAUGCUGUACUUUGUAAAAAAUGUGAAUAAGAGUUUAAGAUGGGUUAGCCAGGAUUCGAUGGAUUGCUUAAACAGACUGUAUCGCUAUUUGUAAUGCAUUUCGCUGUGGAGCGGGUCGCUCUUGCGCUUCAGAAUUUCAAGCCAAGAUUAUGAAAUCGUGGUUGUGAUGUUCGUUUAGAGACUAUAAUAUAUCUAAUGAAUUGUGCCAACAUUCGCUUUUCGUCAUUCCACAAAGAUUUUUGUGUAAAUCUUCCGAGACGAGGUGGUUAUCGUAGGGAAAAAAAAUAUAUUUAAAGGAAAGUGAAUAGAGAAAUCAGUGUCUUCGUCAAGUGAGUAGCACAACAUAAGAGAUGAUCAAAUUUUCAAGCCAAUUGGAAAGGUCCAAAGUUGGCAGGGAUUUUCUAUAUAUUUUCAUGUUUGUGUUGGCGCUGUUCCACAAGCAAUAUUUCUUGACUGACGUCACAAAAUAUUGCUACUUUCAACAUAUCAUGUAAAGUGUUUUUCGCUCGACAACUACCGGCAAAGCCUCGUGUACUUUUGUAGUGUUUAUCGCCGUGUCCACGCCACUGUGAAAAGGCCCCUGACAGGUUCUGACUGCAGUUCUGCUUGCGAGACGGGAUAGUUACGAUGUUAACAUGUAGCCUCUCUGGUCCACCUGGUGUGCUUUCUAUAGAUUUUCUGGAAAAUGUAGUAUUACCCGUAUGACAUGCAGUGAAAAACAAAAAGGCAUUUUGACAAAUUAAAAAAAAAAACUAAGGAUGUCUCUGAAUCGUUCAAGAUUCUGCACCCCUUUAUCCCGAGGGAAGGCAGGAUCUUAGUCUCAUGUCGCUUUUUGCCCUCGCUCGUCUUACCUAGCUGUAUUUUUGUUUCCCUUUUUUUUCAAAUGGAGAGAUUUCGGGGUCACCGUGCCACGCAUUCACCGAAAUUGUGUAAAUAAACCAAGAGCAAAGAAAAUCAA